CGCGGGAGAGACGCCGAGAACCGGAGGACGAGACGAAACUGGAAGAAGAGAAGCUGCGCGAACCAACCCCGAGGGAAAAAAGAGGAGCGGGAACUGGAGAGAGGGAGAGAGAGCUCGAAACGAGAGCGGACGAAAGGGAGCCGAAAGAUGGAUACGUUGACCGGGUAUUCGGGUAUUUAGUUAUUUAUGAUAAUAAAAUUUGUAGUAAAUUAUAACGCUAACAAAUACAUUUCCUUUUUUUAUAUUACAAGCGAAUAUUUUUAUCACAGAGACACGCCGGAAGUUUUCCGAGCUCUCGUUUUCGCGCCUCGUAAAUAUAACACGACGAAAGAAAAGAAAUAGUAGAAAGACGAAGAAAGACGUCUAUACGACGACUCUUUCAUCGCGCGAUAGUAACCAAGGUUUCUUUGGUCGAAGCGCGUUAUUUUUGUAUCGCGAAACCUGAUCUUGCACCUCGGAAAAGGAGUGGAGAGGGUGUCGUGACGAUAUCGAAGGAGGAUCUUUCAUAGCGCGGUAUCGUUCAAAAGGAUCAUCGCAAUCACGAACAAUUGCCGGCUUCCUUGCGCCGUUGUGUUUCCCGGAUGGCACACGAAGCGGUAACGAAAAUCACGUGGAAAAUCGCAAUUUCCGCGGUAAAAAAAAUAAAAUAAAAAAAAAAUGGAGGAAUACAGACAUCAAUCCGCAUGGAUGUCGACUACGCUCCCGACGUUAUCGUUGCAGCGAUCGACGUAAUGGCACCGCUUAAUAAUUGAUUCGCGCGCAGGGAGAAUGGACGUUGAAAUAAUUUAUUAUAAAGCAUCGGUUUGGCUAGGUUUGCCUAGGCAGAGUGCGUGCACGCAUGCCUCGGAGCCAGGUAUCGCGAGGAGAUCCCAGGAUACAACGGAAGCGGGAACACGGUCGCCAGGGGAAAUCCCGUGCGACCGCACCGAAAAUCACCGUCUCCAGGCUCGGGUUCGCAGCGCAGGGGUCGUUAUCCGAUAGGGUGCGCGAAAAAGGAGGAAUGCUCUCAAGAGGGGGUUCGCGGGAUAAGGAGAGCGUAAGGGAGACGCUCGACGAGGGAAAAAGAGGAAAUGCGAAGAGGGAGGUGUCGAUACCGGGCGUGACCAUCGGUCUACCGCCUACCGCAACCCGAUACGCGGUGCAAGCCGACGGCGUUGGCGUCGUAGGCCUCCGCCCACGGAACGCGAUUCCGCCUGCCUGCUCGUCCUGUCCGCCAGCGAACGCUCCAACGCUCGAACCCUCUUCCGAAGCGUGAGCGAGUAGAGGGGAUUGCGAACCGCGAGCGAGCCUUCCAAGCGUCAGAUCGCAAGGGGACGCGAGUGUGCGCGCGUCAACUCCGUCUUCCGCCGUUUCAUCGCUCUUAUCUAUCGGUCAGUUUUCGCUCAGUUUCGCCAGGAUCGGUAACCGUUGGUUUUUUUCGCUCGCGUUCGCAGUCUUCGAGCGACGGUUUCGCGGGACGCGAUGUCGAGCAGAGUCCGAGAGAACAAAUCGUCGCGCGCGUAAUUCUCGUAUCGAUAAUCGCUCGUUCGCGUCUCGUUCGAGCAUCUCGCGAGUCGCGACACACCCGUUCGUCCUCGUGUUCUGUUCCUUCUCUGUUGUCUCACCCUCCCCCCUUUCCCAGCCAAGAAGUGUCUUCUCUAGAUCCUUCUCCCCACUCCUACCCAUCCUUCCUUCCUUCCUUCCUUCCUUCCUUCCUUCCUUCCUUCCUCCUGGAAGUGUCAGUCCCUUUCGGUAUCGCGGUGUGCGCACACGAUUCGAUUACGUACGAUUACAACCGCGUACGCGUCGUUCGAUGCUAAACUUUCCAUCUUUUUUUCUUCUGUGCUAUUGUGUUUCUCCCGCGAUCGGCGGCGUUCGAACGUUCGCGGCAGAGGAAGCUUGCACGCAUGUCAGCCACCGAGCGCGCCGCGUGUGCUUCUUUCACCUUGGUGUGACAGCUCCGAAACGUUAAACAGGAAGAGUAUACGUCGCCGACGGUGACAACCAACAGGAGCUUUGUGAAGACCGUGGCUGACCGCUGAAAACGACUGCUCGUUUCGCGGGAGAGAGACGUAUCCGGAAGCAUGGACAACUCGGUAAAAAGUGCUUGCUCGCGGUGCCGAUGAUACGUGGUUUGAAUCGCGUUGUCUUUACCGGAAAGACGACCACUUACCGACCGAGUCGAUAUUAAUCCUUCUUUCGUGGCACGUGUGAUUUUCGCGACUUCGAUAUCGGCCAGUGCGUUGCAAAAAACGUAAGGUCGUCCGGUCGUGGUUUCGUUCUUUCGGUUCUCGGCCCUCGGUCUCGUCGGUCGCGUUCCUUCUCGACGGCUAGAUUUCGUUUUUUCAACACGAUCGAAGCCUAGAGCAAGAACAUUCGGACGCUGACGAACUUCGACAUCGUGCCGCCAGUUCUUCCCGAUAAAGAGAAUUACGCGUUUUGUCAGCGUGCUCGGCUGUGGGGGUGUAUCUCGUGUCGUGGCGACCGCAUUCGCGGAUAAAGCAGCCAAAAUUCGGGUGAAGAACAGAGAACCGUUACCAUCCUACGCGAUGGAAAUGAGCGACGAGUACCAGGACAUGGGAAAUCCCGGCGGAGGGGUGGCGAUGGCGAACAUGCCCAUUGCCCACCAUCGGCAUACGCCGGACAGCCCAAUGUCGCAUCAGGAGGAGGAUUUGUCGGAUCCAGACCUGCAGGAUGAAGAGAGUGGAGAGGAAUUACCUCAGCAGCCACUUCAGGGCAACACACACUCUUCGUCGGACAAUGCAUCCGUGCCGGCUGGUACACCUACUCCAUUAACGCACUUGAACAGUCUGAUGAGCACGCACCAUCCGCACUUUCUGGCGAAGCUUAAAAUGGAGCAAAGCGACGUAGACACGUUGAACAACAAGAGCGGCCUGGAAGCGCUACAAGCGGCAAUGGGAGGCAGUGGAUUUAACCUGCCGUUCUCGUUUCCACCGCCAGCUGCGUUUCUAACGCCACAGCAUCACACGCAGAACAGUCAUUCUCAGUCAGGCAUCGGCGGUGGUAUAGGAAAUCAGAUGACAUCGUCGGCUAGCUCGCAUUCCAGCGAAUCGUCGCAAGGCAGCGCGCGAAACGGCGGCGAACCUCGGGAGGGUAGCAAUCAUUCGCAGAACAACUCGACAGGAACGAAUCACCAGCAGCAGACCAGCUGGAGCUUCGAAGAGCAGUUCAAACAGGUGCGUCAGUUGUACGAGAUCAACGACGAUCCGAAAAGAAAGGAGUUCCUGGACGACCUUUUCAGUUACAUGCAAAAACGAGGGACUCCGAUCAAUCGGUUACCGAUUAUGGCGAAGUCGGUCCUGGACCUGUACGAGUUGUACAACUUGGUGAUCGCCCGAGGCGGGCUCGUCGACGUAAUCAACAAGAAGCUCUGGCAGGAAAUCAUCAAAGGCCUCCACCUGCCAUCGAGCAUCACUUCCGCUGCGUUCACUCUGCGCACCCAGUAUAUGAAAUACCUGUAUCCGUACGAGUGCGAGAAGAGACGAUUGUCGACGCCAGCGGAGUUGCAGGCAGCGAUCGACGGAAAUCGUCGAGAGGGUCGACGAAGCAGCUACGGAGCUUACGCGGGUGGCGGGAGCGGAGGGCCUGACAGCUUGGUGCAGAGGAACCCGCACACCCCCAGCUCCCUUGCAUUACACGCGCAAAUGUCUCCGUUGUCAUUGGUGACAGCGGUGGCAGCCGGUGGUCAACAUCACGGACCUCAGUCUCUGGUGAACGGAAGCGCCGCCCACACGCCCCUGCCUCACCAUCCGCAUCACCCGCAGCAUCCUCAAGGACCACUGGGACAGCCUCCGAAUGCCGGACCUAUUCCCGGAAUGGCGCCGUCCGAAUUCGAGGCACGUAUGGUCGAAUACGUCAAGUUGCUGAACAAGGAACUGAGGAGUGCUGGUGCGGGCACACCACCGCCGAUCAUUCAUCGGCAAGGAAGCGCUUCUCCGCCGUCGUCGACGCCACCGAGAGACGCUGGAGCUUUCAGUGCCCUCGAGAUGUCUCGACUCACCCUGUGGAAUAUGUACAACAACAAUACCCUCUACCCAGGCGUUGGUCACCAACCGCCUUUAUCGCCUCAGGCCUCGCACUCGCCCGUACCUCCUGCGUCUAGCCCGGAACCUCAAAGGGAAGCCCUCGACCUUGGACUCAGGUCAUCACCCGUAUCAUCGCCGCCGGCGAGACAGAGUUCGCCCUCUUCGGGUGGUAGCAUGCAAGUGAAGAGGGAUCCGGAACUAAUCAGCACCCCAGGACCUCCGCCAGCGAAGAGGUUACUCUCGGACGACGACAGCCCGAUUGAAAAGAAUACUCCAACCUCCAUAGGCACGCACAUUAAAAUUUCCAAUCGAGGUGAUGGGAGGAAUGGCGACAAUUCCUUGGUAGUCAGUAUGGAGCUGAAUGGAGUGAUGUAUCAAGGUGUUCUUUUCGCUCAGAGUGACAGCAGGAUCGCGACCAGUACGGCAACCAACAACAACAACAGCACGAAAUCGUCGCGGAGCAUUGUCUCGUGAACAUCACCAUACACGCUCACACACGAACACACAUGCACCCUCAUACACAGACACACAUACACACAGCCUGGCUGCAAUGAGUUUCGAUACUUAAUUAGCGAUCGUAGCAUUCAUCAGCAGUGAUAAUAACCCCAUCACGGGCGGUCGAAGCAGUCUGCCAUACGUUCAGGCACUGAUCGAACGAUGUUCCCAAUUGUACAAAUUUCUUAACGCUAUUUCUUUCGAAAAAUCGCCGAGAUAUUCGGUGUGGAAGAUGAUUGGUUUUCAUUUAAUUUGCGCGUCUCAUUCGCAGGACGUUCAGGGGAUCUUUCCUGUACUCUAUCACGAAUCGAUCUGCUCUCAAUGUUUUACAAAUUUCGGAAUUUUCGGGUUCACGAGCAUCCUUCCGAAUUCGUAUUGUGAUAAUAGUUGGGCGUCCAGCCGGUCAUCGAUGCUUGCCCGAGUUCUUAUUCGUCUUUUCGCUUAUCUCAUUGUACACGAUAAUUACGUGUGCUUUUUAUUUUCAGUCAAUUUUCUUGACGACGACGACGACGACGACGAUGCUAGACGAACGAUGAAUCGGACGUUCUCACCGAUUUCUCGUCCAUUCGAUCAGGUUUUCGCAUUUUCGUUAUUUCGUUCAACUACUAGGUUGGCGCAAAAAUGACCUUGUUUUUUUAUCUGUUAACUUUGCAACAUCAUCACACCGACCCAAUAUACUUAACAUCUACAUACGCAUACCAGAUCAGGGAAAUGUAUACACGCGAAAUCGAUCAGUGGUAGGCUGCUCCAGCUUCGACGACGAUUUAAUUGUUAUAUCGUGUGAAUAGUAAUGUACGUAUGAUUUGUGUGCAAUGAAAAAAAUAUGUAUUUUCUUUUAAAUUUUAUUUCUCAAUGCCUUGCAUUCCUUUCGUUCAAGGAAUUCAUGGGAGCGUCGCUCGCCAAUGAUCUCGUAUAUGUCUUUCGUCUUACUCGAUUGAACGUUACACGUUAGAAAACUAAAAUAGAGAAAAUGUAAUGAGAAAAGUAAUGUUGAAUGGACGACGCGGCCACAACUGAAAGCCACUCUUCGAAAGUAUCUUGAUCGAAAGCACUCGACCAAAUUGGAGUGACGCUCUGCGAAACGAACUUCCGAGCUGUAUCGAGUUUGUCCUCUUUUAUGUUUUACCCCUCUAUCAUCGAAUCAAAACAUCUUAACUUAUUUAUUGCUGCCGAUUAAAAAGCUAGGGCCUCGUUAGAUUCUAGAAAUCGGCUCCUUCCGAUAUUUUAUAGCAUUUUAAAUCAAUAUGUGUACAAUUGUUUUUACCGCGAUUAUUAAUUAUCAUGUAACUGUGAAUGCUAGAGCAAGGAUGAGAGAGCAAAUGUAUGCAUGCGUGUAUAUAUAAUUAUAUACACACAUACGCGCACGCACGUAUAUACAUAGAGAGAAAGAGAGAGAUUGCCCAUCUUAUCGUUCGCUAAGUGUAUAUAAUCAUUCGAACUUUCUUUUUUUUUUUUUCGUUUUUUUCUCACUUGCAAGGGACAGAACUCAGUGCGACUAUAUACGAGAGCAUAAGCUGUUACUAUUCUUUUUAUUAUUAUUACUGUUAGAUUUAGAGAAAAAGGAAAAUUUGUGUAUCAUGAUUUUUAUUCUUCUACGCAGAACUAAUUCUUAUUUUCGUCUACCGUCUCUUUCGUCGCAGAUCUUAUUCGGUGGAACGAAAA